CGUGAAAGCAGACAAGAAAAGAACAGAACAGAACAGAACACAAUGAUGAUAGUUACAACAGUUUCACCUCGAAACCCAAAUUCAUUGUUCAUAUCUUUUCUCCUAAUUUCCUUCUUCUGUUUCACACCACUACUUGCUAAAUCUCCUCACCCAAUCUCUGAUGUUCAAGUUAGGAAUAACAAGAUUCAGUGUUAUGCUGAUAUUGACAGUGGAUUGUGGGGUUGGCAAUGCAAAUCAUCGAUGAUAGCAAGGGAGAAUUGUGCUCUGCGAUGCCUUUCGCCGUCUUGUUACGAGCUCAUCUAUGAGAGUGACCCGCUUGAAGAGGGAGAAAAAGACUUAAUUCGGAGCCAAGAGUACAAAUACUGUAUGCAUAAGUUGUCCUUGGGAGAGAGCCUUAAGGGUGUUAAGGGUGCCUUUGACCGCUAAUCAAUGCAAAACUUCUGAGCCGAAGACGAGGUUUUGGCGAAUAUAUAUGCCCUGAUCAAUUUUAGUUAAGAUUAACCAAAAAAAAUAUUCAAAUAUGCGUUCUUGGAAAUUCAGUAUAAGCUAGAAGAUUGCCUUAGUUUUGUAACCUUGAAGACUGAUAUGGUAGUAUACAAGUCGCUUCGUACCUUUGUACAUUUUUUGCUUUAAAUUAAUGCACCUAGAAUAUAUACCUUGGUCUCUCAGAAAUGAGACGUGCUUUUUGAUCUGAAUUGGAUACCUUCCAAACGCAACGGUGGAGACUAAUUUCUCGAAAGGCAGAAACACAUGACGAGCAAAACUAAACUCUCCCUCAAGAGGAAUAUUUUCCAAGCUUAUAAGUUCACUCUGUUUUGCUUUUAUCUGCAUUAUUUUUCUCAAGUUACAUGGAAAGAUGAGACAUUGUUGUGUUGUUUUGGUUGCCCAAAGUUUUUGUCUAUAGUGAUUGUUUUGGCGGAGAUUAAACUUUGUUACAAA